GGCUGUUUCCUCCAAUGUUCACAGUUAAUGCCAGACGCCGGUGUUCGGUCUGCUCACCGACAAGGACCUCCACUUUCACAAGUUGACAGAGUAACUUCCUUCCGGUCAUGAAGCUGCUGAUCCGCCGGUAUCGUCCCUCAGACAAUGACACAGUGCUCCACCUGUUUAGCGUAGGCAUCAACGAGCACAUUGGUCCAUGUUUUCGAACCGCCAUGACCAGCUCUCUCCAUCUCGCCAUCGCCCUGGCUCUGUGUGUCGCUGGCUACCUGCUCGGCUCCGUGUUAGGGUCGGUGGUGUUACCAGGAGCCUGGGUGGGCCUCGUUUACUUCUGCUGUCAUGAGGUAUACGCCGGCUACGUUAGGGAGAAACUCCGGACAGACAUGCAGGACAUCCCGGGUAACUUUCUGAGCAGACCGGAUGAUUGUUUCUGGGUAGCGGACGCUGAGGUGGAUGGGAGGACCCAGAUCAUGGGAAUGGUGGCUGUGGUGGCCAAACAAAGUGGGGAAGAAAGAUACGGGGAACUGUUCAGGAUGAUUAUCUCUCCAUCGUGCAGGAGGAUGGGCCUGGGCUUCAAGCUGGCUCAGACUGUGGUUGAUUUCUGUAAGGAGCGAGGCUUCUCCAAGGUCGUGCUGGAGACCAGCUCCAUUCAGACUGCUGCUGUGUCGCUGUACGAGAAACUGGGCUUCAGCCAUGUCAGGUCACACACUAACACAUAUUCUCAUGAUUGGGUAGUAGUACUGGCCAAGGUCUCUGUUUUAAUAAUGGAAAAACACCUGUAGUGCUGAAAUGAGCCUGAUGAUCACUGCAAUGUUGCUGGUAUGCUCCUCUGUAUCAGUGGAUGAAGCUUUAGCACCAAUAAUACUUUCACUGGAAUCCUAACCUGUAAGCUAUGUCUCACAACACCUUUUUCAAUGUCAAGUCUCAAAGUCAGAGUAAAGAGACAUUUCCUUGAACUGAAUGUGUGACCAUCUUGUUGUAAUGUUUCUAACAUGACCAAAUGUUGCUCGUAUGAGUUUAUUGGACCAACAUAUACCGACUGUUGAUUAUGUUUUUAUUAAUUGUAGAUUCCACUACUGUUGUUUUAUAUCACAUUUGAUCAAUCACAUGUAAUUGUUUUUACACAAAAACACAAGAAAUAAACCACCU